AUGAAGUACUUAGCGCUUCUACUCUGCCUCUAUCUAUGUCGGACAUUCGGAGCAGACACAGAUGCUGCCGACGAAAUUCCACCGGAGGCACAAGUGUUGAGCGGUGCACCAUUGGUAGAAUACUUGCGAAAAAGCCAGAAUCUUUUUGAGGUGAAAGAGACACCUACACCUGGUUUCAAGUACAUGAUGAUGGAUAUGAAAUUCAAGGACCAGACUUCAAAUCCCGUUGUUAAGGAUGACAAUGACGCAGGCGACGACAUACCAGAAAACUAUGAUCCUCGCAUUACUUGGGCCAACUGCUCUUCGUUCUUCACCAUCCGUGACCAAGCAAACUGUGGCUCAUGCUGGGCUGUGGCAACGGCAUCUGCAAUUUCAGAUCGCAUUUGCAUCGCUUCCAAAGGCAAAAAGCAGGUAUAUGUUUCUGCUACUGACAUUCUGUCGUGUUGCAGAAAAUGCGGUUCAGGAUGUAAAGGAGGCUUUCCUAUUAAAGCUUGGCAGUUCUUUGAAAGCGAUGGAGUGGUUUCCGGAGGACCUUACCUAGAUAAGAAGUGUUGCCGUUCUUACCAACUUCAUCCAUGCGGACAUCAUGGAAACCAUACUUACUACGGAGAUUGCCCAGAAAUGGCAACAACUCCACCAUGCAAGUGGAGAUGCCAGUUUGGUUACAGGAGAAGGUACUGGUUGGACAAGCGACAUGGCAUGCCUGGCAAGGCUUACAGAUUACCCAAUUCGGUGAAAGAAAUCCAGAGAGAUAUUCUGAAGUAUGGUUCGGUUGUCGGCGGGAUGAGUAUCUAUGGGGACCUUAAUCACUAUAAAUCAGGAAUAUAUCAGCACAGAGGUGGUUUACCAGGUGGCUACCAUGCAGUGAAAAUAAUGGGAUGGGGAAAAGAAAAUGGUACGGACUAUUGGCUCAUUGCUAACUCUUGGAACGACGACUGGGGUGAGAAAGGAUUCUUCCGCAUGCUACGCGGGACAAACCACUGUGGAAUCGAAGAAAAUGUGAUCGGAGGAUUUGUCGACUCAGACUCUCCCUAA